AUGACCCUCCUGAAGGUGAGCAUCGCCGUGGUGCUGCCUCUGGUGGUGGACUGUGUGUGUGAACCCGGGCUUCAGGCCUACUGUAUCGGUAUAUGUCGCCGACCCAACACGUCUGUGGAGACGGAGCCAUGUGCGACACACUGUCCCAAUGGUGGAAGGUACAUUGAUGGCUACUGUCACUGUCCUCCUCUCAGAUAUCGAGUUUGUUGUGAACGAGACGAGACGGCUGCGUCUGGUGACUGUGCCCGACACUGCACGUGGGCCAACUGGUUGUCAUGGGGAGACUGCAGCACAGACUGUGGCUGUGGAACACGAAUCAGGAAAAGGUGGCUUUGUGGUCGAACAGGACUCAGCUGGUCUGAGCGUAUAGAGGAUUGCAACUUCCGGGACAAAAACAGUACUGACGAGAGAGUCUGCACUAAACAGUGCACCAGGAAUGACCAGAGUCAGACUUGUCAACUUUGUUCCUGGAACAACUGGCAACCAUGGAGCAGUUGUAGCCAGACAUGUGGAGGAGGACAAAGGUCAAGGUCACGGUCACCUUGUUGCUGUGAAGGCCAAUCCAAUAAGGACUGUCAGUUUGACUGCCGGUUGUGGGAGAACGACUCAGUUCAAACCGAGAACUGCAGUGAAAUUUGUUUCAACAACGGAAGCUUCUCAAGCAGCAUCUGCCACUGUGGACAAGGCUAUUCUGGAUCUUGCUGCACUGAGGAGGUAACUGAUGGCAAGUGUACAAAAUGCACCUGGGGGAUGUGGGGACGGUGGGGACCUUGCAAUGACUCCAAGAACGGGGGAGGUAACGAGAAGGAGAUCCCUCUGCUGUCGUAUGAGACAAAAGGAGAACGAGUGUUACGUCCAGUGUAA